UGCACACUCGAGAGAGAAAAAAAAACCAUCAACCUCUUUAACCUCCUCAACCUCUUCAACCUUAACGAGAACAAAAAAGAUAUCAUCGUUGUCAUCAAAACCUUGUGAUCCUCAACAUUUGAUGGCAACCCGUGUUAUCCCUCCAAGAAUUCUCAAGAAGGUUCGUUACAACACCACAACCAAGCCACUCAACUACGAUCAACCCACCCUCACUACGGUGAUCGCCCCGCCCUCGAUCUUUGAAAAGCCACCGUCCUCCGCCGUAGAUCACGCUCCCUCCUCCGCCGCGCUUAACUUGGAAGACCCCGCAAGGCUGUUCUCAUCUGUGUCGACUGCGAGGCUCCUCCGGUCCUCCGCCGUCCUGCAUGCGACGGCGGUGGGGCCCAUGGUUGAUUUGGGAAUGUGGGUGAUGAAGUCGAAGCUGUUCCAAACGGGAGUGUUGAAGGAUCUGGUUAUGUCCACAACGCGCAAGACGUUUUACGAGCACUUUUGCGCCGGCGAAGAUGCCGCCGACGCCGGAAGGAGCAUUCGGGCUCUGAACGACGCUGGCUUACGUGGCAUGCUGGUUUAUGGGGUGGAAGAUGCGCAUGAUAACGAUGGAUGUGACAGAAACCUUAAAGGCUUCCUUCACACCGUUGAUGUUAGCAAAUCGCUUCCUCUGAAUUCUGUAAGCUUUGUCAUUGUGAAAAUCACUGCAAUAUGUCCCAUGGCAUUGCUAGAAAGACUUAGUGAUUUAUUAAGAUGGCAAGAGAAAGACCCUUCUUUUGUUUUGCCAUGGAAGCAAGAUUCCCUCCCAAUAUUUGCUGAAUCUAGCCCAUUGUACCACACACAGAAAAGACCUGAGCCACUGACUCCAGAGGAAGAGAGUGAUCUUGAACUUGCCAACCAAAGACUACUUGAACUUUGUCAAAAAUGUGUGGAAGCCAAUAUUCCUCUGUUGGUUGAUGCUGAACACACUACGGUUCAGCCAGCCAUUGAUUACUUCACAUACUCUUCUUCCAUCAUGCACAACAAGGACAACAACCCAAUUGUGUUUGGAACCAUUCAAACUUACUUGAAAGAUGCCAAGGAGAGGUUGUUGCUGGCAACAAAGGCAGCAGAUAAAAUGGGUGUUCCAAUGGGCUUCAAAUUGGUUAGGGGUGCUUACAUGUCCACAGAGAGUAAAUUGGCAGAGUCUUUUGGGUAUGCCUCCCCAAUUCACAAUACCAUUCAGGACACACACAAUUGCUUCAAUGAUUGUUCCUCAUUUAUGCUUGAGAAGAUUGCCAAUGGACCUGGCUCAGUUGUUCUUGCAACCCAUAAUAUUGAAUCAGGACAAUUGGCUGCUGCAAAAGCACAUGAAGUGGGGAUUGGAAAGGUGAACCACAAGCUAGAAUUUGCACAGCUAUAUGGAAUGUCAGAGGCACUUUCCUUUGGUUUGAGCAAUGCAGGUUUUCAAGUUAGCAAGUAUAUGCCCUUUGGACCAGUGGAUAUGGUUAUGCCUUACCUCCUGAGAAGGGCUGAAGAGAAUAGAGGGCUCUUAGCUGCUUCAGGCUUUGAUAGGCAACUCAUGAGGAAGGAGUUGGGAAGGAGACUAAAAGCUGCCGUGUUCUAAAGUAGAGAAAGACAACAGAAUUCAUCAACUUUUGUACAAAUUAGAGAAUUCUGUAAUCUGGUGCAACUCUGCAAUCAAUGAAAUGAAAUUAUGCAAUGUUAUGUUUGUUACAUUUACUAGAAAUGCAAGUGAGAUUUUGUGUUGAACAA